AUGUACCGUUCAACCAAAGGAGCAUCCAAGGCUCGACGGGACCAGAUCAACGCCGAGAUCCGGAACCUGAAGGACUUGUUGCCCAUCUCUGAUGCAGAUAAAGCGCGGCUGUCAUACCUGCACAUCAUGUCUCUUGCCUGCAUGUACACCAGGAAAUCCGUCUUCUUCACUCAAGAAGCGGGAGCUGCUGGUGUUGAGGAGAGCGCGAGGUUUCUAUCUUUCCACGAGCUGUCAGAGUUGAUGCAGGCGCUGCCGGGCUUUCUGAUGCUGCUGACGGGGGAAGGGAAGCUCCUGUACCUGUCAGACAGCGUCUCUGAGCACCUUGGACAUUCAAUGGUGGAUCUUGUGGCACAAGGGGACAGCGUGUAUGAUAUCAUCGACGCUUCAGACCACUUUAUCAUGAGGAGCAACCUGUCAGCUUCCACGUCACUUGAGAUAGAUCGUCUCUUUCGCUGCCGUUUCAACACCUCCAAGUCCGUGCGGAGGCAGAGUGCUGGGAACAAGCUGGUCCUGAUCCGAGCUCGCUGCCUCUCUCCCCCCUCUGCCUCUCCCGCUGCCGGCUCUUACUGGACCUCCAAUCCGGUCUGGGUAUGUUUCUGCUCCCCUUUGGAGCCCCAUCCUACCCGCUCCGGCUCGGGGGCAGAGAGGGAUCCAACCUCCACCCCUCCUCUAGCUGAGACCAACCUGUUCCUGGCCUGCUUCUCCUCCCAGCACGGUCGGGACAUGAGGCUGCAGAGCGCGCAGGACAGUGUGAGCGCAUAUCUCGGCUUUGAUGUGACAGCUUUACGCUCGCGCUCCUGGUACAGCCUCCUCCACCCACAGGAUCUGUCACAUGCCUCCGCUCAGCACCGCAGCCUAUUGAGAGAGGGAGGAGAGGGCAGAGCGGAGAUGGUAGUGCGCGUGCAGGCUCAAGAUCAGACCUGGGUUUGGAUCUACAUGGUACUACAGCUGCAGCCUGGAGAAAUCCCCAUCAGCAGCAACAACUACGUCAUCAGUGACUCGGAGGCUUGGUCAGUGCGUCAGCAGCUCAGCUCAGAGCAGACUCAGCUGACUCUUGUCCUCGGUGCUGGAGCCUCUCAGCAGGAGGGUCUCAGCCUCCAGUCUCCAGAGACCCUUUCCAGCCCCGAUCAGGUCUUCACCCCGGGCAGCAGCGGCCUCUCCGCCCAGUCCUUCGACUUCAGCACAGCCGGCUGCAGCGUGGGCUCCUCCGAUGAACCUGGGAGUUCUGCUGCUGAGGCCAUGCAGCUGGAGGGAGACCCCCGCUCCAGCAUCUCCUCUCUGGAGGAGGAGAGCUUCUUCCAGCAGCAGUCGACAGAGAACCCCUCCGCUGCCUCCUCCCCCACCCCGGUCACCGUUGAGACAGUAGCAGAUUUAGACUUUUUGACUCAGAACAUCCUCCUGCCGCCAUCCUUUCAGCUCGACCCUCCUCUCCCCUCACUCCCCCUGCCUCUCCCCCCUAUUCCCACCACACAGGCUCAGCAGACCAAAGAGUUUGUGUGCACUCCCCCCUACACCCCUCAAAUCGGAGGGCCUGCUUUCCCAUUUGGUGAACCGCUCUUCAGCUUCGACCCCACUGGCACCACCACCCCUCCACCCUCUGCUACAACAGCCAGCGCCAGCACCUCAAUGGCCCCUUCAGCGUCCCCUUCAGCCCCAAAAACAACUGCCUCCAGCCCUGCUCCCCCCACCACUCUGUCUGCUAAACUCCCCCUUGCACUGCCCACUUCUUCCACUGACUUCCUCUUCCCCAUCGAGCCUUGCAGCGGCUCUCUGUACGAGAAACUGCCCCCCACCCCUGACAGCCCCGGAGAUGGAGACUGCACAGUUAUGACCCUGCCUGAAGUAAGGGGCCCCCUGUAUGUUGACGUACCACUGGGGCCUCUCCAGUGUCCCCCUGAGGGCCUCCUUACCCCUGAAGCUUCCCCUGGUAAACAGCCAUGCCUCUCUUUCUUCUCCCUGGAGAGAGAGCGGGAGAAGGAGCGGGCGGAGAUCUCCCUCUUGGCUCAGCACAUCAGCUCUCUAGCAGAGGGAUUCUACCUGGAUCCCCUCCUUUCCAAACUCUCGCCUCCCUCCAUGUCCCCCUCCUCCUCCCCUCCCUCCCCCUUCCUGUCCCCUCCCACAGAAACCACUGACGUAGAUUCAGUCCACAUGCUCAGGGAGUUUUAUCCCAUCAAAGCAUGGAGAGGUCUGGACAUUCCCAUCUUCCUUGAUGACGAUGAAUCUCUGUUUGAAGAGAGCGUCCUAGAAACCCUCCUCCAAGACGACUUCGCUCCUCUUCAACCCGCCAGCAUCCCCUCACCCUCCCCCUCCCCAUCGACCUCCCCUGUGCCCAACCCUUUAAGCCCGACCUCUCCUCCUCAGACCCCCGUGUGCUGGCACCAACCCUCCCAGUUUGAGGGAGUGGGCCACUUCUGUAGCGUCCAAUCGGCGCAUUGUAACUCAAUGGCCGGGUGCGGGGCGACCGUGGCGGCUGAGGCCGGGGCCAAGGUGGAAGGGGAGGGGCUAGCGGAGGAAGCCAUGGAGAUCGAGGUGGUGUCAUCUCCUGUGUCCUCCUGCUCCUCCAUCCCAGCUUCCCCUCCCCUCAUUCUCACUGCCUCCCCCGGCCCUGCCACCUCCUCGCCCAUCGUCUCGUCCUCGCCCGCUGUGUCUUGCACUCAGUCCCUCCUGGAGGAACUGGCCGUCCUGGAACCCAUGUUUGGGGCAGGUGCCUCGAUCGCCCCUGGCUUAGGGCAACAACCUGAGUUGUAUCAACUCCAAUGUCAUCCAUCGCCACAGUGCUUCCACAAAGAUGGGAGUGGAAGUGUUCCUCCGUUCUAAAAUAAGUCUGUGACUUACUUCAUUAAGUAUGGCAUAUUGUCAUAUUUUGUGGAGCCCCUUUUACUGCAAAGUAAAAAAUAAUUAAGUGUAUAAAUAUACAUAAUGUAUAUACAACUUAAGGACUUUAACUCCUACAUGUCUCCUCAGAACAAAGAUUGGCUUUAUAUUUUUGUUCCGUCAUUAAUCUGUAAACUUCUACAAACCUGGUGCAACAUAAAACAUGAUGGUGCAACCACAUGGACCCAUAACUGACUGGGUUUUGAGUCCAUGUGGUGUCGUUCAGCUUCUCUGUAACAUGAGCUUCAGAAAUGAUCAAACGGAAACAUCUCUGAACUUGUUAAGCGCCGUUUUACUUCCAGACGCGCAUUUGUAUUCACUCGUAGUGAAAAUCUGUGUUGAAAUAAAACAUUCUUGCUUUUUCAAUAGGGAGAUGACUUUAGCACUUUUGCCUGUAAUGCAGCAACGCAAACCCAAACCUCAAACGUAUUAGAGUCAAAUGUUUACAUUUUUAUGCAUCCUUAGGAUGAGCACUAUCUGUACUUCAAAUCAAAAGAGAUUUCCUGCGUCAGAGCAGCACAGCUCUGCUUUAAAAGCACCUUUUCUUUCCUCACAGCCUUCAAGGCGACAUCAAAACAAAAAUCCACUUUAAACCUGAGAUACUUUGAGCUUUGAGUUUGCUGCUUCAAACCUUUAACUUUUCAUAUUUAUCUCUCCAUCUAAAAUCUUGUGUAUCAAUGUGAUGUGCAAACAAAAAAGAGAACAUGUGAAGAGAUGCCGGCAUGUGAAGUUCUCCUGAAUGUCAAAGGUGUUUGUUGUUCUUAGGAAGUGUUGCAUCAAAAAUGAGAUCAUCUGGGAGUCUGCCGCAGCUCUGAUCAUGCCAC